UAAUCCUUUCUGUCAUGGCCGCUGUGUGCGUUUCACGUGAAACACUGCAACGUGUGAGUUUUAACGUCAAUACUGUGAGGAUUCGUGCCUUAACCGAGCCAUGUAAAACACAGACUGACAUGUGAACCUUCUGACCAUCUUCAAACUGUUUCCUUUCUGUAUGUCUUAGUCAUGGCCCGGAAAAAGAAGAAGCACCAGGAAGCGCCUGGUGCACUUUCAGAUUCAUCAGAAGAUGCCCAGAAAGAAGUUGCAGGGUGCCCACACGUGAGCAGGGCACUGGACCUUGGCAAUCUGAAGAGGGCGCUACGGAAUGGUUUGCCAAAUCACUGCCAGGGUUGUGGUCCCAAGACAACUUCUGUACUUCCGAAAGCGUCUACCAGCACCACCUGUGAAGAGCCUCUUCCAUCUGAUCCUUCUCUGUUGGCCCCUGUGGUCCCUUCCUCUGCACCCACAAACCAGCAUGCCUCAACACUCGAUGACUCGGAAGCGUCCUUGCCAGUGUCGAGUGAAGCUUGUCUUCCCGUGCCUUCUGUGAAUGGUGCUAGUCCUUGUCCCGUGGACUGCGAGCAGUCUGCGGAGACCAACGCUUCCGUUAAUGAGCUCAACGACUCCGCCUUGUGCCACGACACAUCAGCUGUAAACAGCAGGACUUCAGGAACUUUGGAAGAUUCACGUUGCAAUCGUGGCGCAUUCAUCUCGUCCGACUGGGAAGAUUUGACAGUGGAGUCUCUCUCGCUGGAAAACCCAGAAUUGAAUACGGAGGGGAUAGCAACGAAGGAAACGAGAGAUCUGAAUGCUGAUGCUUCUGAACCUGGAGACCUGCCAGUUGCUGCAGUGAGCUGUGUCACAACUGCAGCUUCCUGGAGUGCCACUUCCGGUACACCCCUACUAAAAGGCCUUGCUUCUCCCAACGCAGUUGGUGAAGCAAUGGAGACACCCCUGGAGGACCAUGUGUCAUCACACACUGAGCCCUUCCCCAGUAAAGAUGCUACCCCUAAUGACACAGUCGUCGGAGCAACAGCGACACCCCUGGAAGACCAUGUGUCAUCAUACACUGAGCUCUUCCCCAGUAAAGAUGCUACCCCUAAUGACACAGUCGUUGGAGCAACAGCGACACCCCUGGAAGACCAUGUGUCAUCAUACACUGAGCCCCUCCCCAGUAAAGAUGCUACCCCUAAUGACACUGCUGUUGAAGCAGCAGAAACACAAAAUUGCCAUUCGUCGUCGAACCUCGGUACAUUGGAUCCCACCCCUGCAAAUGCAUUAGACACCCCUGACAUGCCCCUGGACAAUGGGAACUCCUCCGGCUUGGAACUGGGAGCACCAACCCCUGCACAGUGUGUAACUGCAGCUUCAAAACUGGUGUGCCUACGAUGCGGCCAUUUAGGCUGCGGUUCUCAGGGCCCCCAUCAUGCUUUGCAACAUUUCCUCACCCCUCACUCGGACCCUCACUGCCUGGCCCUGACACUCGACAUGUGGCAACUCUGGUGCUACCAGUGUAACCACGCAGUGGAAAUCAACCGCAGGUUGGCUCAGGCAGUUCAGUUUGUGCAGAAACGGGUCGGUCAGGACAGUGCGCGGAACAACGCUUCCAUGACCCGCACAGCCGCAGUGGCACUGAAGAGCGCCGCGCCCCACGAGAAUCCGAAGGCUCCGCAGAACGCGGUCCGCGAGAGAGUGGUGGCUCCCGAAAAGGCGACUGCACCCUCCGCGAAAUGUGUGCCAAAAGCAAAAGAUGCCCAGAAAUGUGUGAAGAAGGAAGACAGGGAGGAGGAUGGGAAGAGAGUAAAAGGUCUAACAAACCUGGGCAACACUUGCUUCUUCAACUCGGUGAUGCAGAACUUGGGCCAGACGCCGUACCUGGAGGACCUACUGCGUGAGAGGUGCAGGGGGGGACUCCGUUGCACGUUCGAGCCUGCGGAGAGUGCCACGGAACUGGGCCUUCUAGAAGUGGAGCUCCCAGAAGCUCGGCCCCUCACGAAAGCCCUCCUAGAAUUCCUGCAGGAGAUGCGCUGCGGCGCACCAAGGCCGAGGGCUGUCCAUUCCCAAGUCUGUCAAGUGGCUCCUCAGUUCCGCGGGAACCAGCAGCACGACAGCCACGAGCUGCUGCGCCACCUGGUAGAGGGCGUCUGCAACGAGGAAGCCAAGCGACAGAAGCAAGCAGUGCUUGCCUCUUUUGGAUUGUCUACCAAGGUCAAACCGAGCGAGGUGGAUGAGAACACCAAGAACAAGAUACAAGCGUACAAGGAGUCUGUGUCUCAGACGGUCCUGGACGAGGUGUUUGGCGGCGUCCUCCUCACCACCGUCAUCUGUCAGGAGUGCGGGCAUAUGAUACACAGAGAAGAGCCCUUCAAGGACCUUUCGCUCUCAAUUCCGGACGACAAGCCGCUACGUCUUGUAAAGAAAGUUCCAGAAGAAGCAAAGGCCAAAAAGUAUGCCAAGCAGCAACGUAAAGACCGCCGUGACAGGCGUGCACAUAAAACUUCGGAAACGCAGGAGGAAACAGAAGGGGGGGUAACCUGCGAAAACUGCACCCUCAGCGGAGGGGGAUCCAUGGAAAUGGCGGCAGACGACGAAGCGGACGAUGAGGAUGCUGCGGUUGUUGCAGAACACCCAGGGGCAAAAGCAGCAACAAUGGCGACAACGAAGACACUGGCUCCUCGUCCUCCGCAGCCGCAGGACGGCACCCUAUUAGCGUGCCUGCACCAAUUCACGUCACCGGAGUUGCUCAUAGGAGCCAACGCCCUGUCCUGCGAUGGAUGUGGCAAUGGGAAACGUGCUGCAGCUAGCCUGCAGCUCCUGGUGCAGGAUCCUCCUCGUGUGCUCACCCUCCACCUCAAGAGAUUCCAACAGAAUGGCCGUGCACUGUGCAAGGUGAACCGCCAUGUUCCGUUUCCGCUCAACCUUGACCUUGCACCCUACUGCUGUCAACAGAAACUAGAGCAGGGGAGCUCAACAGAAUACACCCUCUACGGCGUAGUAGAGCACAGCGGUAGACUCUCGGGCGGACACUACACCGCCUACGUGAAGCAGCGCUCCAGCGGGCACUGGUUUCACGCCAGCGACAGCCACGUGAGCGAGGUGACGGAGCCUACUGUCCUCAAGAGUCAAGCGUACCUGCUGUUCUACGAACGGUUGCGGUGACAAAGGGCUAUCGCACGGACCCGAGACGUGCGACACGCCAUUGGAAGACUAUGAAUAAAGAAACUAUGCUUGUUUUCGGUAA